AUGUUUUACUUUUCAGGAUUUAAUAAUUCCUGUGAUUUGUCUGCUGUGUUGGGCAUACUGGCGAAUGCUUCCGUUUUUCAAACUCGCGUUCAAACCAUUUCGAAGGAUGUGCGUUCUGAAGUGCGAAAUGAAUGGGGUCACUGCAAUUUUGACCACUGGACAGAUCCAAAGAUGACGAAAAGUUUUCAGCUGAUAGAAAAUUUGCUUUGUGCAUUGGGACUUCCUAAGACACUUGAAGCUGAAGUACUUGCUGACCUUGAUAGCUGGAAGAAAAAUGGUAAGUCAUCAACAGACGUAAUGAUGCUUGUUUUAGUUUUUAAAAACGGUUGCCCCCUUUUUCCAGUGUUGUGUCCAAAGAGGUACUGCAAAUGCCAGCGCCGUAGCUAGUAUGAGGCCAACCGAGGCACUCGCCUCGGUAAAAUUUUGACGAAUUUCGCCGAUCAUUUUUAUUUUACAUAAGCGAUCAUCGGAUAUUUUUAACGCAUCAUGAUAUUACAAAGAAUUCAGCNUAUUUUUUUUUUUUGUUUUUUAUUUUUCUUUUUUAUAUACCAAUAAAAAAAUACAAAAAAAAGAAGCACCCAACCAACCAAAAAGCUCGAUGAGGCCAUGUACGGGGAAAAAAAUGAGAAAUGUGGGGGGGGGGGGGGGGGGGGGGGCAUGCCCCCGAACCCCCCUUAGCAACUCCCGCCUGCCUCGGUUGGCCGUUUGGUCUGGCUACGGCACUGAAUGCCAGUUUGUCGUGGGAUAUCCUGACUAAGUGCCUAAGACUAUAUUUUGCACUCUGGAGGACCUUUACAAAAUGGUCCAAAGUAGACAGUGAUCACUAUAAUAGAAUAGUGUUCGACCUAGUAAAAGGAAAUCACUUGACAGAGCAACAGUAGACCCCCUGUGAAGUGUACGAUCGUGGGCUUGAUUCCCACUGAGAUACACCAGUUUUCAAAUAUUUGCCUCACAUGAUUCUCUGAUUUCCUGUAAUAGGGCCAACCCGCAGUGUAAAUUUCAUGGGUCGUUUCUAACACUUUGAUUUUAUUUCAGAGUUUAUUAUGUGUUCUAUCAUUUACCCCAUAAGUGUAAUGCGGCACAAUAUUUAGAUAGUAGCCAUCCCUUAGUAAUCAAUCAGGAUCUACCGUACUGCCUAUGUUAAAAGGGCUAAUUGUGCUGGUAAAUGGCAUACCCCCGCUGUAUUGUCUAACUUAUUUCUUUUCCAUAUUUAGCAAUAUUUCAGUUGACUAAUAAAUUGUGUUCUACUCAGACAGACUUAGGUAUAACCUCCUAACCAAAACAAGCGUUGUCUCUGAGAACAUUUAGCUUUGAUGCAUUUCUUUAAUUAGUUCCUCCUUUUGUAGGACUGAAGUUGUGUAUGGGCCAUCCUGUUGAUGAGGAUUUAAUAAAAAUCGUCAGUGAUCAAGUUGCUAACCUUGAACAUGAGUUAGAAGUGAUGAGGAAGUCUGGUAUUGAUGAGGCUCAGAAGAUACGUGACGCAUUGCAUAGUGUCAAACUUGAGAUUGCGAAAUUCUAUAACCGCUUGACAAAUCUUGAGAAAAAUAUGGCGCACGUUGAAUUACGUCAAGACGCCCUAGAAAGGAAACAAGGUGAGACGGACUCUAAAGUAAGAGCGCUGGUAUCAUCUUUGGAAGGGAACUUAAACGCUUCAAGCAAUGAUAUCGCGUUUCUGAUCCCCAGUCGUAAUGAUUACUUUUACGGUCGUGAAGAUGAGCUGAGCUCCAUUGCCGAUAAUCUAAAAGGGAGAACCAGUAGGUUUGCUCAUACAGCCAUAUGCGGUCUUGGUGGAGUGGGCAAAACGUCACUUGCUCUUGAAUUUUGUUGGAGACACAAGAGUAAAUACCCAGGUGGCAUUUUCUGGAUUUCAGGUGAAAACAACAGGGUCUUUCAAAACUCAGUCAGAGAAAUGGCGCUUGAAAUACAGAUUACAACAUUUGAAGAUGACUUUUCAUUGACCUUAGCAAGAGCCCUUGCCUGGCUAAAGAAGCAAAGCCAGCUGUGGUGCUUGGUC